GAAAGUAACGUUAGCAUGAAAAUCAACGUUAGAUAGCGUCCGCACUUUAAAAAAAAUUGAUUAGUAGUCGUAGCCAAAAAGUUGUAACCGAGCGUUAUGGAGGUGCAGUCGUAAAUGAAGGGUGAAAUAAACGAAGGCGAGAUCGAAAUUUGAGGCUAAAACAAAUUGCGUGUCGCCGCUAACAGGUUGCAGUUUCAGGCUGUGUCGUCAGUUUGUGUCGGUGGUCGCUGACAUGAAUGCGUACCAUGUUCUGGAGCCGGUGGGAGAAGGAUCAUUUGGUCGGGUUUACAGAGGAAGGAAAAGGUUCAGCGGCCAAGUGGUGGCCCUGAAGUUUAUUCCAAAGGUGGGUCGCUCUGAGAAGGAGCUACGGAGUCUCAGGAGGGAAAUUGAAAUCAUGAGAGGACUUCAACAUCCAAACAUUGUUCAGAUGUUUGACAGCUUUGAGACUGACAAAGAGGUUGUGGUUGUAACUGAGUAUGCGGAGGGUGAGUUGUUCCAGAUCCUCGAGGAUGAUGGAAGCUUACCAGAGAGCCAGGUCCGUGAGAUUGCCUGCCAGCUGGUCUCUGCUCUGUAUUAUUUACAUUCCCAUCGGAUUCUUCAUCGUGACAUGAAACCACAAAAUAUUCUGUUGGGAAAAUAUGGGGUGGUGAAACUGUGUGAUUUUGGAUUUGCACGGGCUAUGAGUGUCUCCACCUUGGUCCUGACUUCUAUCAAGGGAACACCACUGUACAUGUCUCCUGAGCUGGUGGAGGAGAAGCCGUAUGACCACACUGCUGAUCUGUGGUCUCUGGGUUGCAUUCUCUACGAGCUCCACACGGGGGUGCCCCCAUUCUACACUAACUCCAUCUUCCAGCUGGUGCAGCUCAUAGUGAGAGACCCAGUCAAAUGGCCCGACACCAUGAGCGAGACCUGCACGAGUUUCCUGAGAGGUUUGUUGACCAAAGACCCCCAGAAGAGAUUAUCAUGGCCAGACCUCUUGUAUCAUCCUUUUGUGGCUGAUGAUGUUCUUGUGCUGCCAGACUCCAGUGUUUUCAGCCCUCUGACUGUCACACCCAGCCCUGAUGUAGUGGCACUCAAGCUCCAGCAAGUAGCUCAGAAGACAGUACCAACCUCUGGACAGAGCAGGUUACUGCGUAUGGCCAGGGGACAGAAGGUCAACAAUAAGGGAGGGAAACAGAAGAUGAUGGAUCAAAUGGGCAAUGAAGUAGCAAACUCACCAGCAGGAGGACAGUCACAUAGAGCCAAGGCCCCCUCCAAUGAUGUCACCAUUACCUCAGGUCAUUUGGUUCAGGCAACUGCUAAUCUAAGCCUCGACUCAAAGGAUCAAGCCUCUGUGACAUCAAAACACAAGGGUCAGAUCAGUUUAGACUAUGAGCGGGAGUUCCCCUCUGUAGAGGUUGGACCACGGCUAGUGCGAAAGUGCAGUGCAAAUAGCCGGGCUGCGUUGUGUAAGCAGGAUGCUGACCGUGAGGAUGAGUGGGAGAAAUUUGUUCAAGAAAUAGAUCCAAUCCAACAGACUGAACUAUUAAACCAUGACGAUAGUCUUCCUCAACUGAAAAAAACAUUGCUGGCAUUUAAAACCCAGCUAGCAGAUGGCUCACUGGAGGAUACCUGGCAGAUUCAGCAACCACUGAGGGUCUUACGUAACCUGAUCCUGACCUCUGACCUCGAGAACUUGAACCAUAUUGGAUGUGAAAUUGGAUUACCUCAUCUAUUCUUCGAUCUAGUCCAUGAUUCUGUAGAAAAUCCAUUUGCUGAGGAACCAUGGAGUGUGCCAGUGCUUGUAGAAAUUAUUACAGGGCUUCUGACCUACUGGGAGAAGUGCUGUGACUGGCUGCAAGUAGAGGACAGACUGGAAGAGUUCACGAAACCCUUUGUCACGAUUCUUAAUCGACCAAACCUCAGUCCUUUGGCACCUCUGGCUGCAUCAGUUUUGUCGAUGUUCACAAACCAUGGGGUCUCUGUUGACGUUGGAAUGGAUGUUCUAAUCUCUCUGCUGAAAAGCCUUCUCUCAGACUCAAAUGAGCCCAAACUCGUACUGCCCCCUGGUUGUGGAUUGUGUGAUGGCCUCCUGUCGCUGGUUCUAUACACACUCUAUGAGCAUGAAAAUAGUCCACUGUCGUCAUCGUUAGACCCAGGAUUUUUUUCCAAACUGUGGAAAAGUAUUGGUACUUCACUGGCCAGAACACCGCCUAGCAUAGACAUCUGUUCAGCAAAUGGGCUGUGUGCCUUCCUCUCCAUUGUGCUGCUUGUUUUCACUAAGGAUCCACACUCAUGUGUUCCUCUGUUCUUGGAGAGUGAAUUAAAAUGUGUAUACACCCUUGGUCAUCUGCUUGACACUGAUUGUCUUCAUUUGUUUUCUGAAAGCACCACUGGGAGACUUCAGGAGGAUCUGAGACACAGCAGCUUGUCAGUGUUGAGCUGCCACCUGCUGUGCUUCCCAUUCGCCCUGGACCUUCCUUCAAACACCGUGUCCAGGAUUCUCCAGUUGUAUGCCAGCUGUGGCAUUGUUACAGGCCUCCUGCAGGCGAUCCAAAGUCUUCCUCCUCCACAACUGGAGCUGCCUCUCUCCCUGUUGAGCCGUCUGCUUCUGUGCGACCCUGGGCGCUCGGUCUCCUGCCUUAGAGCAGCUGCUGAGGCCUGUGGCUUCUUUUCUCCACCCAGGGACAGCCAGCAGACUGCCUCCAGAGAUCAGACUCAUGUCAUCAGAACUGCCAGCUCUUUGCUCUCUGUCUUGCUGCAGCUGGACGAACUAUGGGACUCUGCCGUGGAGCUCCUGACCCUGCUGUCCCAGGUUGGCCGUUAUUCCCCUCGGCCUUCCUCCCUUCAGCUUCACCUGGAACCCACAGUGCUACAACAGGCACUGACUCACCCUUAUGACCGAAUCAGGGCUGCCACCUGCAGCCUGCUGGGAAAUUUGGAUCCAUUUAGGCCUACCACACUGCAGCCUGUCAUUUUCAAAGAUAUUAUAGACUGUCUUUGUGAUCCUUGCAUGCCUGUCAGGCGAAUGGCUUGCAGGGCAGUUGGGAAUUGGUUGGGGUUUAUUGUGGAAACAGGGAUUAAAUUGAGGAGGUUCAAUGGAAAGGGCAGUGCCACUCCAGGGUGGGGCCAAGUGCAGGACAAAGAUAAACGCUCUCACACUGGGGCUCAAACACCAGAGCAGGGUGUUGACCUCAAGGAGGGGAGUAGGUGGAUAGAAGAAGCCAGGAGGACGGCAGCCAUGCUGGUGCCUCUCAUUACUGACGCUGAUCCCCUCACGCGUCGUCACUGUUGUGCAGCCCUGGGAAACUUGGUGAAUGUCUGUGAUGGGGUGUCCUCGUUGUCGGAGGAAAAUGUGUGCCGCCUACUUCUUACAGCUGCAUGUACAGACUCCCAUCAUGCAGUUAGACAAGCUGCCAUAACAACUCUAUGCUUGUACAGCCAACAGGACACAGUUCACCAGGUCCUGAUAUCCCUUGAUGCCUGUAAGAAGCUGGUCCAGGCUUCACAGCAUGCACCACCACAGUGUGACUAUCAGCAGCUCAUUGGCCUGCUCCUAAGUGAGUGACAGACAUUUCACUAGACAUGUGGUCUUUUACCUUUCUUAAAUCACAUGGAUACAUGACCAACAGACAUUUGAUCAGAAACAGAAAUUCGUUUUUUUCUUUUUUUGUAAUUAUUAUUGUUGUUGUUGUUGUUGUUAAUUUUGUCAUUGUUUUGUUGUCUAAAAAUGAGAUUAGUGUUUUCAAAAAUCGAAUGGACCUUAGUAGCCUAAAUCAAUUCACAAUUGUACAAAAUAAUUUUUCUUUACGCAUAAAAGAUCUUUAUUUUGGGGUUUCUCCAAGUUUGGCACUGUUAAAAAUGUUUUACAAUCGAUUAAGUAAAUUAAAACGAAGCUU